GUUAUCCUCUCUGGUGGUGGCAAAUCUCCUCAAAACCCUAAAAUCAACUAUCUUUCUUCUUCUUUUCUACUUUUUUUUUUUUUAAAUCGAUAUCGAUCUUCGUCUUCAACGCAAGAAUUCAUCCACUACCCAUAUCUCUGAUGGCGUCCAAAUCGAAGAGCGAAAACCCUCACACCGGCGACGGCGCUAGCCCCGGGAAGAUUUUCAUUGGAGGUUUGGCGAAGGAUACAACUUACACUCAAUUCAACAAGCAUUUUGGGAAUUAUGGAGAGAUUACAGACUCAGUCAUCAUGAAAGAUCGGUACACAGGACAACCUAGAGGUUUUGGGUUUAUCACUUAUGCUGAUCCUUCUGUGGUUGACAAGGUUAUCGAAGAUACACACGUUAUCAAUGGGAAACAAGUUGAAAUUAAGAGAACCAUUCCUAAAGGGCAAGGUCAAUCAAAGGAUUUUAAGACAAAGAAAAUAUUUGUUGGUGGGAUUCCAUCAACGGUUACUGAAGAUGAAUUCAAACAUUUCUUUUCCAAGUAUGGGAAAAUUGUGGAACACCAGAUUAUUCGUGACCAUGAGACAAACCGCUCCCGAGGCUUUGGGUUUAUAGUUUUUGAGGAGGAAGAAGUUGUAGAUGAAAUUUUGUCCAAAGGAAAUAUGAUAGAUAUGUCUGGUACCCAGGUGGAGAUCAAGAAAGCUGAACCCAAGAAAUCCUCAAACCCACUACCUGCUCCUGCUUAUGGUAGCAACUCUAGGGCUCGUACAUUCAAUGAUGGCUUUGGUGGAUAUGGUGGUUCUUAUGGGGACUUUGAUGCAGGCUUUGGACCUGGCCCCUUUAGGAAUCCUGGUGGUAUUGGUGGUAGGAUUGGAAGUGGCUAUGGUUAUGGUAGUGGUGGUGAUUUUGGUGGUGGUUAUGGAGGGUUUGGAGGCAAUAGCUUAGGUGGCUACCGAGGUGAUUCAUCCCUUGGUUAUUCUAGUCGAUUUGGACCUUACAGUGGUGGGUUUGGUGGGGGAUAUGGCACGAGUGGCUUAGGAGGAUAUGGACGAGGGGUUGAUGGAUAUGGGAGCUAUGGAAGUUCAGGUUAUGGUGGAGGUUACGACUCUGGUCCUGGUGCUAGUUAUGGUGGAGCAGGUGGUUUGUAUGGAAGGGGAGGCUAUAGUGGGAGUAGUCGAUAUCAUCCUUAUGCAAGGUAGAAUCAUUGCGUAGUCAGUACCGUCUAUCCCCUUUGAAGCUAGAAAAGAGACUUCAAACACAUUAGUCAGUACUGUCUUUUCUCCAUUGCUGUCUUGCUAAGAUUUGCCAUAUAGAGUCUUCAAACACAGGUUCCUUUAGUUUUGUGGCCCAUUGAUAGGCGCUUCUCACAAAUACUAGAGGUCCCAAGGAAGCGUUUGAAGGACUAGAAGAGUGUAUUAGACAUUUCAUUGUAUGGUUUUAGAUACUAUUAUGUAGACUACUGCAAGCUAGUUUGUGCCUAAUAUGGCUGUCCUGAUCUAGUACAAUUUCAAUGUAGUGUGCUGUCUGCUGUGGUGUAGGUUUUAGCAUAUACUUUUUCUUGGUUGUGUUUAUUCCUCACUUUAGUUUGAUAUCUAGAUAGAUUUAUUCUGUUCUAUAAAUAUGGCCUAGUCUUCUGCUCUUAUUUUAGUUUGUUGAUGAUAGAUUGCGCUUGUAGAAAAAGAACAAAGAAAUCUCCCUGGAAAUCUAGGAUGAGGAACAUUACUUGUAUUGAUUUGUUGAUUCUGCUAGCUUAGAGAAGCUCCCUUCGGAAGGGGACGCAUAUUUUAUUAGAAAGAUAUUGCAUAGUGAUUCCCCCCUCUUUCUCUCUCACACACACACACUCAUAUACACACUAAUGCUUAAGCCUGCCUGUCUGUCUGUGUAUGAGAAAUAUAAAUUUGAAAAACUGGAAGUAACUUGUUUUUGAGUGAAGUUGAAUGUGCUCCUAUUGACUCAACUGCUGAAGCUGAUCUGGUGGGGGGGUUGCCUUCCAUGCGGAUUUCUUGGGGAAUGUCAUUGAAGCUAUACCACCAUACCAUAAGUCUUGUAUGCUUAUUUCUGCAAAUUUUAUAAAUUAUAUUAGGGUUUAGAUUUAUUUAUACCAAAAUUUGGGUUUCUAAUGAGUAUUAGUAGUAAAUGAUGCAAGCAAGCCAAAGUUGCAGUGCGGUUGAAGUAUGUAAUUCUCCAAUAAUCUUUUUCAUACCGAGGUACUAAUAAAUAGUAUGUAUAAUCUGACCAAA